AGCUUCCGUCGGGAGGAUAUUAUUGUCAGUGUCCCCAAAGACGCCAUUACAGAGAUCAGAAGAUCAAGCUUUUUUCAUCUCUCUAAAACUCAGCGAAGAUGAUGCACAUGACCUUCUACUGGAGCACGAGCGUGACUCUCCUGAUCGACUCGUGGAAGACCGAGUCGUGGGCGAGUUACGGUUUGACUCUACUCGCCUGCCUCAUCGCCUCCGCCUUCUACCAGUACUUGGAAGACAGGCGCAUCCAGCUCAAGCUCAUAGCCGCCGUCGGCUCUUCGCCAGCGUCGGCGUCUCCGAUCGAGGAGCCUCUGCUUCAGUCAAAGAUCGGGCGGUGGAGUGCGACGAAGUUCGCCGGGGCGGCGCUGUUCGGGAUCAAUUCGGCGAUCGGGUACCUGAUCAUGCUGGCGGUGAUGUCCUUCAACGGCGGAGUGUUUCUGGCGGUGGUCCUGGGGCUCGCGAUCGGGUAUUUACUGUUCAGAAGCGGAGACGGCGAUGUGGCUGUCGUUGAUAAUGCUUGCGCCUGCGCGUAAUCGAUGGAGAUUCCUCUCUCUCUCUGCUUGUAAAUCUCUGGCUUGUACCGCAGUUAUUUGUUACAGGUUAUUGUUGUUUUUCUGUUUUUGGGAUUGGGCGUUUUCUAGAUUCUUCUGUUUGUUUUUGAAAAUUUUCUCAGCAAACAUUCAGGUUGGAAAGAAUAA